CGCUCGCGCCUUUCCCACUCAUCAGCACCUACAUGCUGUAUCAGCCUAGUGAAAGGGAAACUGCAGGGAUCAUUGAAGCCGGUUGUGAGUAGCAUAUGGGCCCACAUGGCACUGUAUUUCUCAGGAGGAAAUCGCCCCUGUAUCCCUACGCAUACGAUGAGGCCGUGCAGAAGGCAUGCUCUACUCUCGAUAUCCCUCAUAACGAAAGCUGCUACAAGCUCCUUGCGAUCCAAAAAUGGCAACAGCUGACAAUCUUGGUUUUCGAUAUUUUCAAUGAUAAAUACGACGUGUCCACUGCCCACCACAAGGCGAACCUUCCCGUCCUUCUUGUCGACUACGGAAAAAGGCUCUCCUACGUCAGAGUUGCGAGCCCCGAACUCCAAGAGCGCAUCAAUGUUCAUGUCGCGAACCAACACAAUUUUAACGGCUGGGACGGAGAGCUACCGUAUUUUGAGGAUCAGACGGGUUCAGCGCCACCGAAGUAUGAUAAUCCUCGCGACACCUCGAUGUUGUGAGAAUGAUUCGAAUAUCGUCUUCAUGAUAAACGCCGGGCCAGCGGGAGAGCGCUUGACACUGGCAGAAGUGAUUACCUUAUGGGCAGUUACUGAGUCACGGCGGGAUAAGUAUCUUUCGCAGGCUGCUUGGAGAGAGAAAAGUGUAUCUAGGCUCCACUCAAUACCCUCAUGAGUGGUUCGCAAGGUCAUUCUGCUUCCUGACUGAGUCAUAUUCGGUGACCUGAGUACUAUUUUCAAAACCGC